AUGUCUAACCCAAAUAAAAUCGAUUCAAUUGUUGCAAACGGAUUCUAAUAUAAUUUCUUCAAUAAAUUAACUUAUGAAGAAAUGAAAUCUGAACUUUAAAAAUUUGUAUGUUUCAUCGAAUAUUUAUUGUAGAUUCAGUCAAUUCAUGAGUAGUAUGAAAAUGGAGAAGACUUCUAUAAGGCUUACGAGAUUUAUGUGAUUGGGAGAGAGAAAUUAGUUUGCAUUUAAGGUUUUAAUGAAGUAAGAACAUUCUUAAAUAUUCUUAUUAGGAAUAACUUACUGAUUUAAUCAAUCAUCUUGAAACCAAUGAAAAAAUGAUCAAAUUUCGUGAUUUCUAUAGGGACUGUAAGUAUUUUGGUUAGUGAAUGUGCUUUAGAAUACUUUCCGCCUCGUCCAUAACAAGUGAAGAACUUUUAAACCCACAAGGAGAGAGAAUUAAGAAACAAAUAAGAAUUGUUAACUCAUUAAAUUCUUAAUAGUUAGACCAAUAUAGUUUUUUCGGCUCAAGAAACAAAUAUUUAAUAAAUUGAAAAUCAAUAAAUUCUUUCAGAUAUUCAACUUGUUCCUUCUUGCCAAGAACUUUAUAAUAUAGUAUUAAAUUAUGAUAAUGACUCCAAAUUGGACAAGGUAUCCUUUAAAUAAUCUCUAGGCUUAUCAAGCAAUACAAUUAAUAGACAGAACCCAACUUUCUGAAGAUCAGAUCAUAAAGUUAUCUGUAAUAGAGAAUUCAUACGAAUUCAUGAUGAAAAAUUUAAUAGAACUGGAUUCGAGUGGAUGGACUUUGGAUAAAAAAAGUCAUGGGAUUAGUAUUUCCUAUAAAUUCCCACCAAAAUCAUCAACAGUCUCUUUGCUAAUGGAAGCCGAAAUCGAAGCUGAUUGUGCUAAGCUAAUGUCUUUGAUCACAGAAGUGGAAUUAUUUUCAAAAUAUGUUCCUUUUUGUAAUCAUGCAACAACAUUAAAAACGUUGUCAAAGACUCAAAAAGUCUGUCUGAGUUAAUUAUAUUUUCCAGUUAUUUCCAAUAGAGAGACCAUAUUUUUAGGGCAAGGAAUAGAUAGAUUAGAGGAGAAUGGAACUAUUGUGUUCUUAUGUAAAUCGGUCGAUCAGGAUCAAUAGUUUUUAGAUUACUAUAACUUAUAGCUUAAUAAAUCAAAGAAUGUAAGAUUGCAAUUAAAUUAUUACAUUUUUUAAAUAACUCCAAUUGAUAAAACAAGAUGUAAAAUUAAGGCUGUCAAUAAUUCUAAUCCAUAAUUGUCCUUCGUCCCAACAUGGCUAGUAGCAUUAAUUGCAAGAAAAGUAAUUUUAAUAAUUUUAACUAGUUUGCAUUUUAACUCAUAGAAAAGAUUGUGAAAUAUACUAAAAAUUUUGAGAAAUAUCCUUGGUACAAGAAAACUUAGGAAAAUCCAGAAUUUUAUUAAUGGUUGUAGAAUAAAAUUGACAACUAUUUUGCUUGA